GCCGGGAAGCUGGUGUCCCGGAAGGGGCGGGGCGUUUCCCAGCAACAGGGCGCGGGGGCACCGGAAGGGGCGGGGCCCCAGGAGCAUAAAGGCCGGCUCGCCCCUCCCCAAGUCCCGCGAGAGUGGCUCACACCGGGCUCCCCCGGCGCUGACCCGGGCAUGGGCGACCCCGGAGGGGCUGCGCAGGCGCAGGAGGGAGAACGGACGGCGCCCGCCCAGGGCGACGGGCUGUUGAUGUUGCCGCCGCGGGUUCUCGUCCGGCCGUGGUGGUUCCCCGUGGAGGACCUGGAAGACCCGCUGGUGUUUUACUUGGAGGCGUGGCUGGCCGACCAGGUCUUCGGCCCGGAGCUAGACAUCCUUCCAAGGAUACAGUGGAUGAGCCAGGCCCUGCUUUCCGUGAACACGGUGCGAUCCGGGGACUCCGUUGAAAUCAGCGUCUUCGGAAGGCCCCGUGUACAGCUUCACGUGAAGAGCGCGAUCCUGAGCCUGGCGCAGAGGCACAAGGAACGUCGUGCUGCGGGUGAGGGUCUCCAAGUCUGCAUUACCCCUGGGGGAAUCCCCUGCGCUUACCUGCCCGCCUUCGA